AUGAUUGCAAAUGAAGAUGAUAUAGCCACUCCAGUGAUGAUUGCAACUCAAAAAGAAAUGAGUGAAGCAGGACUUCCAUUAGAAUGGAGAGAUUAUUGUGCACAUUUAGCAUUACGUUUAAAUAAAUGUAGAAAUUCUACUUGGUUUUUGCCAUGGAAAUGUCAAGAUGAAAGACAUACAUAUGAAAAAUGUCAAUACGAAGAUUAUGUUCGUCGAAUGAAAAUUCUUGAAAAGAUGAAGGAAGAAGAAAAUAAAAAAGACUAA